AUGACGUUUUAUAGAAAUUUAGUCUGGUUCGGCAAAGGAUUCCGGGAGUACACGAAAAAUGGCUAUCUCGCUGCAGAGAAGUCCUUCGAUCCCAAAGCUCUUGAUGUUGACAUUUCUUCUCGGUCGUUUAUGAUCACUGGAGCUAACAGUGGUAUUGGAAAAGACGCAGCUGUCUUUUUAGCGAAGAAAGGAGCUACAGUUCACAUGGUCUGUAGAAGUGAAACAAGAGGCGAAGAGGCGAGAAAAGAAAUCACUGAAGUCUCUGGAAAUGACAGAGUGAAACUUCACCUUUUGGACAUGUCCCACCCAAGAAAGGUUUGGGAGUUUGUAGAAAAGUUUUCAUCGUCUAGUGAGCCUAUCCAUGUGUUAAUAAACAACGCUGGAUGCAUGGUGAACACUAGAGAAGUUGACGAGGAUGGUUUGGAAAAGAACUUCGCCACCAAUGCUUUGGGCACGUACAUUCUGACCAGUGGACUGGUUCCAGUUCUUUUGAAGCAGGAAUCACCAAGAGUUGUUACGGUCUCUUCAGGUUUGUAAAAGUAUGUCAAAAUGUUGCUCCUAACCUGGUAACAGAUGUUCAAAGUUAUUUUCAUUUCAAGUUUAAUUUAGCUAUCGCCAUAUGCAUUCUUUGCAUUACAGAUUACGUAAUCAUAGGGAAGAAAUCUUGCGACUUGUCGUGGGAAAGUAAUUAAAUUACGUUUCCGCAUUUAAAAAAUAUCUCUCAUACUGUAUCUUCCCUCAAGUAACAAAUUUCUUUGAAUUUGAAACAAAGCGCCUCAUGGGGUAAAUGCCUUCCCUCCCCUCCCCCCCAAUCACCAAUCCUUGCAGUUCACAGGCUACAAUACUAUCCAUGAUUUGAAUGUCAUUUAUAUUUGAAAAUGUUGAGGCCAUUUGUCAAUAAUUGCCUUGUUUUGAACCCCCAUUGAUAAAGUGCACCUCCCCUUCCCUCUGCCCCAAACCCAAUGAAAAAAAAGUAAAAGUAGUACUCUGUCAGAGUACUGCCAAAGUGAUUUAAUUUACAUUUUCUUCACCUUGAACCACCUUGUAAACAUCGAGGGGGCGGGGGGGGAAUUCAGAAAUGUUUGGGUGGGGAGAAACUGCUGUGACGGCAUCAUAGAACCCUUGGCCUAUAAUAAUACUCGACCUGGUGGAGGUAAACGUCGCGACCCUGUACUAGACUUACUAGACUAAACUCCCGAAAUCCAUCGAGUCACUAUUUUCUGGAAACAACUAAGGUGAAGUACGCUUUCCAUAUUUAGUUGCAGGCAAAUUAAAAUUUCUGAAAGUUGGACAAAUAAAGGAUAUAUAUUUGGAGAAGGUGAAGAGCUACCAUAAAUUUUUCACAAAAUUAACAUGGCUCAGGGCUGCCUCCCUCAUGAAAUUUUACGCCAGAUGGAGCUUAGCUAGGUCUGAGCUGAUCAACGAGGGGAUCUCGGACCAGUAAAAUAAACCCUGUGGGGAAGUAUUGUUAUUUUGUGAAAGAACUGGAGUCACUUAAGUCAUUACCCUUGUUUUUUUUUUCCAUUACAGGGGGUAUGCUUGUGCAGAAACUUGAUGUCAAAGACCUUCAGUUUGAAAGAAUGAACCCAUUUGAUGGCACCAUGGCAUAUGCACAAAACAAACGGCAGCAAGUUGUCAUGACUGAAAAGUGGGCAGAAAAGUACAAGGAAAUCUUCUUUUCUUCCAUGCAUCCAGGUAACAUUGUUGAACUAAUAAUGAAGCCAACUCUCAGAGAACUUGCUAUGUUACAGACACCCUAAUAGGCUCUGAGAGGUAGUCGGGUUCACCAAAUUGAGAAAGGAAAAAACUGGGAACUCUUCUCUGCCACUGCCCUCUUACCCAGAUCACGCGCUGAUUUUUCCAUGUGCCUUUCACUCAUGUGUCAUCCCUACUAUUUGAGAGCCUGGAACAGGCUCUGCAACAUGCUAGAUCAUUAAUCAUGUAAUGCUAACUGCUUUUUCAGCUCUUCACAUUCAACAAAAAGUUUAAUUCAGUGUCUCACAUACUUAUGGACAUUAUUUUGUUGGUGUGUUUGUCUGCCAAUGAAGGGGCAUCACUGAUGAUUCCAGAUCCAAAGAGCUUUAAAGAGUUCUUCUACAGAACAUGAAGAUAGAUCUCAAGAUGAGUGUGAUUACAGUAUCUCUUUCCCAUAUUAUGUAACCAUUGAAAAGAUUUCCCCCUAUCUUGAAGAACAGUGCAAGCCAGCAAGUUGAUCAAGAUCAAUUUAAAGAGUGAUAACUCUUUUAAAUCAUUAAUUAUUAUUAAUUUAUAGGUUGGGCUGAUACUCCAGCAGUGAGGUCAUCAAUGCCAGGUUUCCAUCAAAAAAUGAAGGAUCGUCUUCGAACUUCAGAACAGGGAGCAGAUACAAUCGUAUGGUUGGCUGUUGCUGAUAUGUCUAAGGAGACCAGUGGUUUAUUUUACCAAGACAGGAAAGCAGUUGCAACACAUUUACCACUUGCAUGGAGCAAAGCUUCUGAUAGUGACAAAGACAAACUGAUGUCUGAACUUGAAGAAAUGGCUUCAAAGUUUAAAUAA